GUAGUGUAGGAUCACACGUCCUUGUUCGUGCCGGCGUCGAUUCCUUGGGAUAUCAGACAACUUGGGACUUUUCUUAUCCACUUCAACCGCUUGCGAUCCGGGUCAUCUUUGACAGCAAAACGACAAUAACGAAACUUGCUUCCGGAACCUUUCUUACAUCGUGCGCAAAUGUCAGAAUGAUACUCCCUCGGCUAACACUCAUUUACUAGUUCCGGGCUUAUACCGAUCCAUUGAACAACGCCUCAUCGUCUCUCAACCCGCCAUCGAUUCCCCCGCCUCCACCGCCGCCGCCGCCAUUGAACAACCCUCCUUCCAGAGCGCGGUUGCAGCUUGCGGCUCGUCUGGCUAUGCACCAGAAGAACCAGGCCACUGCUUCGCAAGAAGAAGAUGAGGACGACAAAGGCGAGGGCGAGGGGGAGCGGCCGGAAAACCCGUUCGCCGACGACGAAGAUGACGAAGAAAAUUCGAGCGAUGAGGAUGACGGAGACCGCCAUGGCCCAGGGGCAGCGGCAGCUGUUGCAGGUGCCUGGGGUCAACCAGGAAGCGGCUCAUGGUGGCGAGGAGUGGGACGUCAGGGACAGCCACGAUUUGAUGGUCAAGAUGAUUCGGACGAAGAAGACGACGAUGAGGAGUUUGGUGAUUUCGCCAUGCCCGAGGUGGAGCCAGCGCCGGGCACGGAUCCCAACGAGAAGGCGAUCCUGAAGCCUCUUGCGGUCCACCCGCCGCAGGGUGCUUCAGGAGGCAAAGCUUUCAGUGGGCUGUGGCCGUUUGCAGGCAAGAAGGAUGGUAAAGAUGAAGGCGAGAGGGGGCCAUUGGAAGAGACGGCGACGGGAGACGACGAGAAGCCGGUCCAGGCGGCUGUCGAGGCUGCUCGGCGGACAAGCAUUGAGGAUCCGGAUGACGACGAAGAGGUUGUGGUGCAGAAGCCGACAAGCCUUUGAGAUGAAUAGACGCGCCCAUGGCUUAAUGCGAUGAGUAGACGGUUAGGAGUCACCGUUUUGUACAAUUACGUGUUUGGUUUACGCUGCAUCUGUAAAGUAUGAUUGAAUGGAGAACAUGCACGGAGCUGGGCUUCCUUGAUGUGAACUGUGGUCGUUCUCCUUUCCCUCCAGUCUUUAUCUGUCACGUCUUCAGGGUUUUCACGAUGAUUUGGG